AUGAUAGUGAAUCCACCAAGUGAUUUCACCGACAUGAUGAAUAUGGGGAUGCGUCUCGAGGAAGGUGUCCGUGAGGGACGAUUGGUUAAAGAAGGUGGUUCAUCUCGAGGCGUCAGAAAUUUAGAAGUUGGGUUCUCUAAGAAGAAAGAGAAAGACAUCAGUGUGGUGAUGUUGUUGUCAGAAUACGAUAUUGAGUACCAUACCCAGAAAGCAAUAAAAGGAAGUAUCUUGGCUAACCAUUUAGCUCACCAGCCAAUUGACGACUAUCAAUCCAUUCAAUUUGACUUCCUCGAUGAGGUUGUAAUGUACUUAAAAGUGAAAGAUUGUGAUGAACCGUUGACAAGUGAAGGGCCAAACCCAAAAUCCCAUUGGGGUUUGAUAUUUGAUGGAGCUGCUAAUGCUUAUGGAAAUGGAAUUGGGGCAGUCAUUGUCACCCCUCAAGGUUCUCAUAUUCCAUUUACCACAAGAUUAACAUUCACUUGUACGAAUAAUGUGGUAGAGUAUGAAGCAUGCAUUAUGGGUCUUGAAAAGGCUAUCCACUUGAGAAUCAAAAUUUUGGAUGUAUAUGGAGAUUCAGCUUUGGUGAUUAAUCAGAUAAAAGGAGAAUGGGAAACCCGUCAGUCUGGUUUGAUUCCUUACAAGGAUUAUGCUAGGAGGUUAUUAAAUUUCUUAACCAAAUUGAAUUUCAUCAUAUACCUCGUAAGGAGAACCAGAUAG